AUGCCUGAUCCAGCAGCUGCUGUUUACAUCUAUACAAUGGAAUGGCCUGAUACUACUUUGUAUCGUGUAUUAAAUAGAGCGCUACGAUCCGAAAAACGACAAGAAGUUAAGGUAUGGCUUCCAUAUCUAAAGUUAUUUGAUGCAGCAUUGAAUAAAUUACCUGCUGUGAAAGAGGCAGUAUGGAGAGGUGCACCACUUGAUAUUGGCAAGAACUUCACCAAAAAUCAAAUUGUAACAUGUUAUAAACGGAAAAUAGUUUCUGGAUAUACAGAAUUUGAAGCAGAAGAUGAAGUUAUUUUACGAAUGGGUUCACAAUUUUGCGUGAAGAGUGAUCCAUUAGAACAAUCUAACGGUUCAUACCUUGUGCAUUUAAUUGAAAUUAAUAAAGACUUAGAUCAACCAUUAGCAUCAGCUAUGAAUGACAUAAAAUUGGCAGCAGUAGUAGUACAACCAUCAAUUAAAACUACAUUAAGUGAUCACAAUCAUAGUUCUAAUCCUGAUGAAGUAACUGUUACGCUGCUACGAGGCAAAAUGAAAGAAAGAAUACUUGCUGAAACCACCUCUAUAACCAAAAUAUAUGAUGAAGAAAUUGUGAAAGCGAAUAUUUCAAAAGGAGCAACAGCUUUUAUACCAACUGUAGUUGAAUUUAGGUCAAAUAUGAGUAAAGCAAGCCGAAAGAAAACACCUGUAAUUCCAUCGAAUUUUAUGUUUGAAAUUCCUGAUUUAUAUCAAUCAACAUUAACAGAAAAACGUUUUUUAUUGAUAGAUAUUUUCCUUAAACGAGGUCAAGAUCGUAUUUUAAUUUUUGCGAGUGAUCAACAAUUAAAGCUACUAUACGAAAGUAGUACAAUUUUUAUGGACGGAACCUUUGAUAUUGCACCUGCUCCUUUUAAACAAGUUUACUUGAUACAUGGCGAAAAAUUUGGUCAAGGAUUACCCGUUGCAUUUUGUCUCUUGUCAAAUAAACGUGGUAGAACAUACCUGGAAUUAUUUGAACGACUAAAGGAACAGGCUAUUUUUUUGAAAACCAAAUUUGAUCCAAAACGUAUCAUUACAGAUUUUGAACCUUGUUUGUUACCAGUUAUACAACAAGAAUUUCCAUUUGCUAUUCACUCUGGCUGUAUGUUUCAUUUUAACCAAGCAGUUCACCGAAAAAUCACUGAUCUAGGUUUAGCAAGUGAUUAUCUACAUAAUGAAGCCAUUCGUAAUCAAUAUCGACAAAUCAUGGCUUUAAGUCUUAUGCCGAUAGAGCAAGUGCAUAGUCAGUUUCAACGUCUGGAAACAAUUACAUCUGCAGCAUUAAGUGAUUUAUUAUUAUACUUUAAAAAUCAAUGGGUACAUGGCGUUGUUCCGAUUUCAAUGUGA